AUGAUUUUUAAAGGGUUUUUAGGUGCCUCCAAGAGUGAACUUUGGUCCAGUCCCUCUGCACACAGAAGCUUUCUUGGUGACGACCUGGUGACAGCCAAGAUUUCAAGGACUGAAGAUGACACAGAAAAAGUGACACUUCGGUUUGACAGCUUGACAUCAGACCUUGCUAAUCAGGAUGUUUCUCAUUUUCAUGAAGUCAGUGGAACGGAGGUGGAAGCAACCUCAGAAGAUGGAGGCCAGACACUUCCUGUUCUUGCUAGAAAGCCUGCAAGCCCCAGACAGUUCUUGGUUGGAGCCGUUUUGGAUCCCCAAAGCAAAGCUCCCGUCACCAGCCAGUCCUUGUUUACCACAGGCAUGCCAAAGUCUAAAGCAACAUCCUUCAGUCCCCUGCUGGAACUGUUGGUAACACCCCUGUCUAGGGAAGAAGGAAAAGCGGAGGCAACAUCUCAGGAGCUCAGCAUGACUCUGAAACAGCCUGCCUCCAACUCCAGCAAGGUAGUAGUGAUGGGUGUGAUUGCAACUGUGCUGCCUGAUUCAGAGCCCUCAGGAAGUGCUGGGCAGAGGGUAGAGUUGUCUAUCAACCCUUCUGUAGUGGCAGCCACUACCUUUGCUUUCACUGAGAACAGAACAGACACUGAAGGAUACCCUGCAGAAACCAUGCAGACCCCUGCCAAGAAAGGGAUGGAUAAAUUGUUAACAUUGAUCCCCAAAACUAGCCAAUGGACCCAAGCUGAGCAUCAACAAACCCAGUUGGAUAUGAGAACUUCAGUUGUUGGCAGCACUCCAGAUCUCCUGGAGCAGACACAGAGUCCAUCCCUUAAGGGGAGCUCCACAGUUCUCUUCCAUCAGUCUUUUUCAGAAGAGAAAAUGACAAUCAUUCCCAGGACAGAGUUGAUGCAGCCUUCCUCCUCGGCUUCCUCUCCAUAUAGAGAGAUGGUGUUGGAAGAUGAAACCAUUGAGUUUAGAAUGGCUGAAAACCCUGCACGUCUAACUGCUUCUCAAAGUAACACCGUCUCUUCCUCAUUGUUGUUGACUCCAAACACCCUCUCUUCAGAAUCCCCACCACACUCUGCCAGGCCAAGGAACACCAGCCAAAGUGUUCUGCCCAAACUUCUCUUUGUGCCCCAGUUUUCCUUAUUCAGUAAAUCAGGAACAUCUGAUGAAUCAGAGGAGCAACUUCAAGACGGCUUAAUUUUGCACCACGAGACUGAUCAUCAGACAGCCUCCCAGACUUCCCAUGUCAGGCUUUCUCAAGCUGUUGGUGAGCCAAGAAGAACGCAGGCUGCCCCUAGUCUGCAAGAAACCACUCUUGAAGGCUGGCCAAAGUCAUCUCUCCCACUCCACUCCACUGCACAACCACUGGACAUUCCUUUCCUGGUUGAUGACAAGCCACAGGUAAGCAUGCUUGGCAUGCCUCAGCUAGCCCACCCAACAUCAGCUCAUGCUGGACCUACAAUAUCAAGCAUGGGUAUCUCUUCCACUGUUGCAUCGCCAUCAGACACUGUGUCUGCCCCUGUUGGUUACAUUAUGCAAAGCACAUCCAAAUCUCAACUGCCCAACACGUUUUCGACAGUCCAUGGAGAGCGACCAUCUCCCAGUGCUCUUGUUCCAUCUCUUAGUGAGUCAGAAUCAUUGGAAACAUCUGCUCUCACCAAGCCAGAAACUCAUGGCACCCAUGAUGGGCAAAAGAGACCUGUUUCACUUGUUUCUCCUUCUUCUGCUGAACAUGAGUCAGAACCAUCAACUGUGGCUUCGGCUUCUGCCUUUCCACAUGCUGGAUUUAGCACAUCAGUUGUGGCAGAGUCUUCCCAAUCUGAGCCCAGGCAGUCAGUGUUGCCAACUCUUGUACCCAGUGAAUCACAGAGAACAGCAUCAGGCACAUCUGUGCCAUUCCAGGCUCAGCAGCAACUGCUAGGCAACUUUGCUUCUACUCAUACUAGAGCAACAGCUUCAGGGUCACUUGUUCCUUUUCGUGUUGAACCAAAUAUGUCAGGUACAUCUGCUGCUGCCCUGAAUGUCCCAGGCACCACUUUCCUUGGCCAUAGCUCUCAAAAACUGUCACCAAACACUUCUGUCUCUUUUUACACUAAGGCACCCUCCCUGCCUGCCCAAUCAUUGCAACCACAGAGCAUCCAUCCUCAUGCUAGUGGUGAGCUGCAAAUGGGUAUCUCAGGCACGAAUGUGCCAUCACAUGCCAAGUCGCAAAUGCCUGCCUCUUUUAUUGAUGAGUCCCAUCUUUCGGUCACAUCUGCCCGUGUUGAGCCAGUGACAAAUGAGGCAUCAUUGGAACAAGGAUUGCCAGUCUCUGUUGAUGCCAAACCACAGAUAGCAGAGUCUUCUGCCUCUUCUCCCACUGAGUCACAAUUGCUAGUGGUGUCUGCCCAUGCCCCCAUAGAACAUGAGUUCUUGGAUGCCUUGGGAAAAUUGCGGGGCCUACCCCAAAAUGAGAGUUACCCACCAAAACCACGUUCCUCUACCCCAGCCCAGCACCCUUCACUUGAAAUGACCUUCCUUGGCCAUCUCAAGUCAAGACUAUCCAAUGCCUCUGCCUUUGGCCAUGCGUUAUCCCUGUUAACAGAAGCACCAGCCUCUACAGGUGCUGAAACCCAGAUGCCAAGUGGACUCACAUUUGUCCAUCCUGGUUUGCAACUUCAAGCUGCACCUGGUCUUCCCAUGACUCCUCACACUGCUGAGAAAGUGAGUGAAGGAAAACACUCUCCACAAACCAGCCUUCCAACACCUCAGUCUGGCACUCAAGGGACAACUGUGCAGGAUGUUUCUAUCCCUGUCUCCUCAAGAAGUCCUCCUAGUUCAGAUGGUCCACCUUCCCCUAUCAGCCACCAAACCAAAACAAACAUUCCCCUUCCACUGGCUCACAAGGUGGAGAAAAACAUCACCAGCCUGAGGACAACACCAAUGCUGGUGGUGGCUGGUGCUCAAGAUCUCAUGCAAAGCUCCUUGGGGUUCUUUCAACGCCUCAGUUGGCCAGAUAUUGGAAGUCUUGACUCUUUUGCCUCUAGUGGCAUCCUGGGAAUGUCUCCCUCCCUUCAGUAUUUGUCCCACUUGGUUCAGAAUGCUGAAAACAUGGUGUGCCUACAGCCUAUGCGAAACACCACCCCAACUUUGGGAGAACCAAUUGCUAGUGGGCAGGAAAUGCUGGUUCUGACUUCUGCCCUUGGCUUCUCCCAUCCAGGGGUUUUGAGUCUGAUACAAAUGAGUCCAUCCAGUGUCAUUCUGGUUAAGCCUGUGUUUGUCUUCUUACCACCAGAGGCACCUAAAGGUCAUGUGCUACUUCCUACUGAGGAAGAAGUGGGCCAUGAUGCUAGUCUUUCAUUCACCAGCAAGGCUGCUCAAGCUUUGGUUACUCCUGGUAGUAUCCAGGAGCGAUUGGUGGGAAUUGGUCCUCUUGUGUCCACCCUUAGACACUCCUCAAGGGCAAACACUCAUUCUCCUAAUUUGAUGGAUCAUCUAGUCAUUUCUGGGCCAGCCUCCAGUGCUUCCCCAAAGCAUAUAGGAGUCAGUCUGGUGAGAUCCAACACUUCAACAGCCAAUCCAUUCCUCUAUGGGUUGAGGGAUCGUAGCACUAGGACAAAGCAUGGACUGACCACAGACCACAAUGAAGACUUUCAGUUGUCUGCUAGAAGGCUGGAAGAGGACAAUCCAGUUUCAUUAUCUGCUGGAGUGCUUGUGAAGAACCAUAUCGCAGCUGCUCCACCAGUAAUGGUGCCUAUCCAGCAACAACCCAAAGCAUUAUCACUCACAACUGAACUGUUGAGCACCCUUGACAAGGCUUCCUCUCGGUCCUCCUUGACAGAACCCUCUGCCUCUCAGAUGCCAACAAGCUCCCUUCAGGCUGCAAGUAACCCCCCACUGCUGAGCUCAACAGUAAUGCUUCACACUGAAGAGCAUCCAUAUGGUUCAGUGAGCCCCAUUACCCACAUCAGUAAGAACUCUGAAGAGUCCUUGAGUGCAUCUUCAGCUAGGAACACGAAACUGCCAUUAGAAGUGGGACAACAUCUUGCACCUUCAAGCUCAGCAUCACGCGGCUCCUUAAUCAAUGAACACUUUGGAAAGACUCCUUCUAAAGUUCAUUAUGCCCCCAACGCGGUGUCAACUUUUCCAACGUCCUCAACUGGAAAAGAGCACAAAGAAGCUGCAGCCUUAAAUAACCCCUAUGCAGAAGCAUUUCUUGUGGCAAAUGAAACAUCUUCCUAUCAUACGAACACUACCUUCCACAAGCCUUCUGAUUCCCAUCACAUCCCAUCCAAGGCCCCCAGGACAGAUGAGAGCCUGGAGACACCAUCUUUGUCUUCUCUGUUCUCAGCAGAUGCUCUGAUGCAAAUGACUCUGCCUGGAAAACAUCCUGAGGACAUCCUGAAUCAUCAGACACAUUCUAGACCAUCUGCCGAUGUUCCUUCCCAGGUAACAACACAUUCCUAUUCUGCCAAAUUGGUUACGGAAUACAAUCCAACCACUGUAACGCUCAGGGGAAGGGCCUCUCUUGCAAGUGCAGCAGAACAGCUGGAACCAAUGCUGAGUGCUGUAGAAACCAAGACUUUGACAGAUAUUGAAACUUACAAGCAAACCAAAGCAACUAGCUUGAUAUCAACCAUGCCUGGCACAGAUUCUGGGCAUUCAUCUGCUUCACUGGUUGCCACAGAUUUCAGAUUAACCUCCUCCUCCCCAUCAUCAUCAUCGUCAUCAUCAUACUAUGCUGCAGGAUCUGCAGAUCAUCAAAAGGAGGUCCAUAAGUCACCUCUGCACCCUGUCCAUUCAUUUGCACCAAAUUCUACUCUUAAAGAUGUGACUCCGUCACUUGUGGGUGAAGAAGCACUGAUUUUGGAAACACUGCGGACUGACUCCUACAGGCUACAGCCUAGUGUAGGUGGAACAACUGAAAUGGUAGUUUCCUCACCAUCAGCAAGCAAGGGCAGGUUUCUUAAACACAGGAGAAACAAGAAUACUGGGACUGGAGAUCAGUUCCUGGUUGCAUCUCACUUGCAACCUCAGCCAGCAAGUUUAGAAGCUGACUACCCUGAAAGGCCCAGGUUGGCAGGUGAUGAACAGGGACAGGAGGAGGAGGCUGCUUCUUCCUUGCCAGUCUCCUCAGUGUUUUCUACAGCUCUUAAUGCACCAGCAUUUCUAAUGACCACCUUAUUUCCCAGCAUUGCUGCUGAUGGACUUGUUGGUAGUCUUCUAAACCAGGCAUCCCAUUUGCAAAGUCUUCCACCGGGUGUCUCUGAGAUAUUCCUAAGUUCUGCAGCUCAAGUCCAACCGACCCCGGGGAGCCUUUCAGAUACACCUGGUAUGAAGGCUGGUGGAGACUUUUCUGCAGAUGCUACCAGCACCAGUAGAGGAUUUAAUUCACACACCUCUGAAGAGCAAGUUCCCAUCACAAGUGAUUCUACUGGAGGAGGAGGAAGAGAAGACUCAGUAGCUGAUUUGCCACCAUGGGACCCCAAUUUGACUCUGUCAGAUUGGACAGCACACCACCAGAGAGUGAUGCGCUCAGAUGAUGUUUUCAUGGAUGGGUAACUAUUUGGAGCUGGGGCUAUUGGAAGCCUUCCCCUUCCUCCAAAUAUUUAUGGACUGCAGCCAUUGUAGUCCAGAACAUUUAGUAGUCCAUGGGACUUGUAGUCUAGAACAUUUAGAGGGCACCAAGGUGGGUAAGGAUAGCCUCAAGUGAGAGGCAGUCAUUUCAAUGCUGUAGGACAUGCAAAAUUAAGAUUAUUUAUGAAUCAGGACAGCUUUCUGUUAAGUGAGCUGUUCGGUGCUUAGGAUCAGGAACUGAGGCCUUGCUUUGGAUGGCCUCACUUGUGGAAGCAAGGUGAGUGGUGACUGGGCAGGGGGCCUUGCUUAGCGAAUACUGCCUCUGGACAAGGCAUCUACAAGCUCCCUUCAGAUAUCAUAAACUGUAAAGAACCCCCCACUGCUCCAGUGAGGGUUUAAAACCAUUCUACACAGGGAUGCGGGUGGCGCUGUGGUCUAAACCACUGAGCCUCUUGGGCUUGCCGGUCAGAAGGUCGGCGGUUUGAAUCCCCACGACAGAGUGAGCUCCCGUUGCUCUGUCCCAGCUCCUGCCAACCUAGCAGUUCGAAAGCACACCAGUGCAAGUAGAUAAAUAGGUAUGGCUGUGGCAGGAAGGUAAACAGCAUUUCCGUGUGCUCUGGUUUCUGUCAUGGUGUUCCAUUGCGCCAGAAGCGGUUUAGUCUUGCUGGCCACAUGACCCAGAGAACUGUCUGUGAACAAAUGCUGGCUGCCUCGGCCUGAAAGCGAGAUGAGUGUCACAACCCCAUAGUCGCCUUUGACUGGAUGUAACCAUCCAGGGGUCCUUUACCUUUUUUUACCUUACUUUUUAUAACUGUUCAAAUGAUGGAUCUUCAACUGCCAGGACUGCAGUUUAUUUCAUUUUCACAAUAUACUGAUAGCUUUUCUGUUUCAUUCCUGAGACCUCCCCACACCCCAAAUGGCUGUAAUAGCAGAAUUUUACAAGUGGCAACUGCAACAAAAUGUGGCAGUGUGUCCUCCUCACCCAUUAACAGGAUGCCUCUGUUCAAAAUGCCAGACAACCAUGUCCUCAGGGCUAUUUCAUUCCAUGCUCACUUGAUUUUCUAUUUUCUUUUCCAUGUGCAACAUUCCUCGGCGAUUGAGCAUAUUCGCUUCUCAUUAGCCCCCACCCACCCGCCGUGCUUCCUUAGAUUAUUUUUUCAUUUAAGAUUAUUGUUUUUGCUCUUUUUAUUUAUUUAUUCAUUUUGCAAAGCGGAUGUUGUAAUACUGAGCUAUGCUCUUUCCCCAGAUAUUUCCUCCUCCCCCUUCAUAUGCAUAUAACCUGCUUUUUUAUUAUUAUUAACAGCCUAACCAAAGAGUGGUAACUAACAAUGUUCUGCCGCCGUUUUCAGUUUACAAAAGCAGAGUGUUGGUGCAGUUGGGCUGUGGAGGCGUAUUCCCUUUUGCAAUUCUUUUUGGUGGUUUUUUUGUCCUUUUGAAAUUCAGCAGGGAGAUUGAAUAUCUGUGGUUGCUCAUAAUAAAUUAGGGCAUCUUUCAGAGCCUCACGGAAAGACCAGCAGAUUUAUUGUUUCAUCAACUUUCAUGGACUAACAUCCCCUUUAUCAGAUGCAGGAAGGAUUGUUGUUACUUCGGAGGCAUAUAUGUAUUAUAUAGUGAGAUGUUAAAGGAGAACAAUUGGGCUUUGGAAGGGAUAUUUGUAGUUUAGCCUCCAUUUGGGGGGAUAAUCCCCACCUCCUUCCCCACUCGCACUCCCUCUCUCUUUCUCUCCACUCAGCUUUGCGGUUGUGUUUGACGAUGCCUGUGGCUCUGGCAACUACACUGCGGAGAUGAGCCUACAGACUGUAGCCAUGGGCAAGACUCCAUCUCUCCCUAACAGUUUCCUGGCCCAGAUCGUUCUACAGGACAACAGAAGCCGCCCGACUCUGAGCGUCAAGUCGUGCUGCGUUACUCCCACCGCCAGGCCUGUGGGUCCAGAGGCUGCCUGCUGCCUUUUCCCCAGGUCAGGUGGGGAAGCAACUUGAGGCUGAAGGAUGCUUGGUGUGAGGCGGGAAAUGGAUGCUCCAGAACCUACCUUUGUCUGGGGCAUCAGGGACUGUAGAAAGGGAUGCUGUCUGGCGUCUUGGUGGUGGUGGGGAGUGCAUGGAUUUGGCCUUAGAUAUUCAGCAUGUAAUUGACAGCCAUAUAGGGAUGCGGGUGGCGCUGUGGUCUAAACCACUGAGCCUCUUGGGCUUGCCGGUCAGAAGGUCAGCGGUUCGAAUCCCCGCGAUGGGUGAGCUCUGUCCCAGCUCCUGCCAACUUAGCAGUUCGAAAGCACGCCAGUGCAAGUAGAUAAAUAGGUACUGCUGCGAUGGGAAGGUAAACAAUGUUUCCAUGUGCUCUGGUUUCUGUCACGGUGUUUCGUUGUGCCAGAAGUGGUUUAGUCAUGCUGGCCACAUGACCCGGAAAGCUGUCUGUGGACAAACGUCGGAUUUCUUGGCCUGAAAGUAAGAUGAGCACGGCAACCCGAUAGUUGCCUUUGACUGGACUUUACUGUCCAGGGGCCCUUUACCUUUACCUGGACAGCCAUAUCUGAGUUCAGGAGGGCAUUGUUCCCAUGUCAAAUUGGUUAGAGGCCCAGGAGGAGGAGGACUUUUCACUUUUCCUUGUUUAUGCUUGGCCUGGCCUGAUUGUUGCACCACCACCACCACAAACACAUUAGAAAAGCUCUGCAGGAUCAGAAAGAAAAUGAAAAGACUCCUUAAACCCAGUUUCAUGUUUCUGACAGUGGCCAGACAGAUGCUUCUGGGAAAAGGGAACAAGAUGGACUUUCAUUUAUUUAUUACAUUUAUGAGACGCCGUAUAAAAUUAAAUCCUGUGAGAGUUGUACAAGAUUAAAUAAAUAAAUGAAUGAAACAUCAUUAUGAUUAUUGGUUGCACCAAAAACAAAAGGUCUCCCCUGUCUCCCUGUACAGUGGUACCUCGGGUUAAGUACUUAAUUCAUUCCAGAGGUCCGUUCUUAACCUGAAACUGUUCUUAACCUGAAGCACCACUUUAGCUAAUGGGGCCUCCUGCUGCUGCCACGCCGCUGGAGCACAAUUUCUGAUCUUAUCCUGAAGCAAAGUUCUUAACCUGAAGCACUAUUUCUAUGUUAGCAGAGUCUGUAACCUGAAGCGUAUGUAACCUGAAGCGUAUGUAACCCGAGGUACCACUGUACUGUUCUGAAGGUUCCCCAGGCACACAUAUCUCUAGCCAAUUCAGGGGAUACACAGGACAGGUUGGGAACGCCCUAUUACACUACUGGAAGUCCUUGCAUAGGUUUCUGCUAGGAUGACUUGUUAAUGCAGUUGAAUCUGGUCCAGGGAUAUUAUGGUGAACAGCAAGAGUGGGAAAAUUGGGGGUGGGGUCAAAAGUUGCAUAAUGGAUCAACCGUGCAAUCCAGAAGUAAGUCCUAUUGAUUUUAGUGGGUCUUACUCCCAGGUAAGAGGGGUUGGGUUUGCACCAUUAGGCUGUUAUCUACAUCCUUUGGUGCAACAGCCGUGAAAUCCCCAGCCUCUUCCAACAGCUGAUUUGUCUGCUGCAACCCUAACAGCUUAUUCAGAACCUGUGUCAACUGUUAGCAAGAACCUCCCCCACCCACAAUCCAUAGGUGGUAAAUGGUCAUUUUGGCUGUUCGCCUGUAUCUUUGUGCCAGAUGCAAAUCCAUUUGCCCUUGGCCUCGACUACAUGAGGACAAAUUCAUUAAUUCAUGGUGACUUUCCUUCACUGUCAUUAUCUGUAUGUGAAGGCUUAGGGGUGGCUGGCCAGCAGGAAGGAUCACUUCUGCCAUGUUGUCAGCCGAAAGAGGAUCAAGGGAAUCACAGAGAACCCACACAACAUCUGGAUGAGUCUGCUUAGCAAAAUCACCUUGACUUUUAUUUUAUUUUUUUAAGGAGGGAUUUCUCCAGCCCUGGGCAAACACUCUAUUCCAUAAUGCAAUAAGACCCCAUUGGCAGUGACCCCACUGACUGCUGAAAGAGCAUGGCUGUUCAGAUCCGGUCAGGUGCCACAUCAGCAAAUUGUAGGAAUAUCACAAGUUACAAACUCAGAACCAACCAUCUAUGUAAUCCAGACAGCUGUCAAAGGUAUAAGGUAAAGGUAAAGGGACCCCUGACCAUUAGGUCCAGUCGUGGCCGACUCUGGGGUUGCUCGCUUUAUUGGCCGAGGGAGCCGGCGUACAGCUUCCGGGUCAUGUGGCCAGCAUGACUAAGCCGCUUCUGGCAAACCAGAGCAGCGCACGGAAACGCCGUUUGCCUUCCCGCCGGAGCGGUACCUAUUUAUCUACUUGCACUUUGAGGUGCUUUCAAACUGCUAGGUUGGCAGGAGCAGGGACCAAGGAAUGGGAGCUGACCCUGUCGCGGGGAUUCGAACCACUGACCUUCUGAUCAGCAAGUCCUAGGCUCUGUGGUUUAACCCACAGCGCCACCCGCGAAUAUGGGGUUUUCAUUCCUCAGCUAAUAACAGAUAUUGAGAGAUUUGUCAUCCGAAAAUCUAUCUCAUUCUCCCACCACCACCCUUAAAUUCAGCAGCAUCUGGGCCCAUCACAGCAUGUCCAGAGUUUGAAUUCCUUGUUCAGUUAAGGAUUCUCAACACUUUGUGAAUUUACAGUCUGCUGAUUUGGUGCAUAUUGAGCCGCUAUGCAGGUGAUUUUCUCUCUCUCUCUCAACUAGAUCACUGAGGGAAUGCACACAUAUUCAAGUGCUCCAGAACAGCAAAUCCCAAACAGCCAACUUCACCAUCCAACUUUUUCAGAUGGUGAGCCACACUGUGGCUUAUCUGCACUGUGAACUCAGUGUCUGCCUGAGUGACGACGUUGGAUGUGAACAGGUGAGCUCUGUUAGAAGACAGAGAACCAAAGGGUGCCGCUAGAGUCUCUCAAGAGGUGUAAGGGUAGAAAAUAGAAGCACUGUGUAAUUUACCCCUCUUUUAGUUAGUUGGCAAGGGUGCAAGCUAAGGCAUCUCUCUGAGCUGAGCUGCCUUAGUAGCAGCUCAGGUUUAGCAAAUAUUCUCUAAGCAGCUGAUGUCUACGCAGUUGUUAUGCUACCUAGCAGCCAAGUUUUAGCAAUGAUCAUUUUAAACAAUUAAGAAAAAAGAAGGUGCUGAGAUUCUGUAAGCAGGUGUGUGAGUGUGUGGGAAGAAGCUAGCCUACUGUACAAAGGUAACAUUUGCAUUUUCUGCUUCACUCACUUCCGGCCCUCACCUCACACAUCCCCACUGACAUGUGACCCUUGGGAGGUUGCCCAGAAAAGAAUAGGGUACCUCUGAGCAUAUCCAGAAUGCCUCUCCUUCCAAAAGUCUCCAGGAUUUGGGGAACAAAGGGAAGACACUUUUAGACAUGACAUCCAAACCAAAUUAUCAGGGCGGUAAUUACCCCCCUGACUUAUUUUCUUGCUUUAUUUAAUGUGUUAUGUUUCUCCCCUUCCUCUCUUCUCCAGUUGCUGUUCUGUAACCAACUCCUGCCACAGACUGCCAUUCUAGAAACCAAAAAAGCUGUGGAUAAAAAUAAAGCCUUUUGCUGAACCUUGCAUUUCUGCAGAGGAGAAUUUAGGGGAGCAUGACCAGUUUGGUCACCCAGGGUGUGGACUCUCAGGAGUGCCGCAGGGCAUAGGAGCCAAUUCUUAGGAGUUGUGGGGGCUUCAGCCCCCCACAAUAAAAUAUUUGAGGGGGCCGGGUCCCCACAAAGAUAAUGGACAUUCCCAUUCAAAUAGUGUGUCUGUGCACUACAUCAUGUGAUCAACUAUGUGCAGCAGGGAUUACCUGGACCCCUACAAUAUUUUAUUCAGGGCUGCAGGGGAAGCCACAACUAUUAUUUAGAAUGUAGCCUGAGAGGCGGGGGGUGCUGAAUUAUGGCAUUGCACAGGGCACUGCUGAAAUAUGAGGCCCCAAGGUCCCCUACUGCACUCUGAGCCUUAAUGGUGGUUCUUUCCCCUUUCCAAUUUGUGUGGGUGUUUUAAUGUUGUGCUUUCAAGGGAUAAAUAAUGUGAUAAUAAUAAACUGAGCUGCAGCCUCCACGUUGAAUAAUCCUUCCAUUUCCUUCCCAGAGCUGCUUAAGUACCCUCUCCAAGCCAAGCAGCAGGGACAGUUACCAAACCCGCCACAACAUAAUCUCCUUCGGACCGGUUCCAAAGACCCAGGUAGAGUUUGCACCUGGACCAGUUACAGGUGUGUGUGUGUGUGUGGCCUGUGUUCUUCAUUCUUCCCCUUGCCUCAAGGUUUCCAGGUAGCAACUAGAGAGUUGCACAAGUCUAGCAGCUAGAGCCUUCUGCUGCCAAGGUGUUUUGGACCACAACUUCCAUCACAGCCCUAGUCAGCACAUCCCUUUGCUGCUGGGACAUAUCAUAGAAUUACAGAGUUGGAAGGGACCAUGAGGAUCAUUUAGUCCAACCCUCUGCAAUACAAGAAUCUUUAGCCCAACGUGGGGCUUGAACCCACAGCCCUGAGAUUGUGGGUCUUAUGCUCUACCAACUGAGCUAUCCAACUAGUGGUCUGAUGGGAGUUGCAGUCCAACAUACCUGGUGAGUGCCAAGUGGAGGAAGGCUGAAUUUGCUCCUUGGAUCUGGGUAAUGGAUUUAAGUCUAACUUCUGCCAUGAGUUUGGUGGAUAACUUUGAGCAAAUAAUUCUCCCACAGCUGUCUACCUGUGAAACUCUUGCAAGGUUGCUGGGAUGUGCAGAGAGAUGUGCAAUGCAUUCUUGAAGCAGGGGAGAGAAAAGACAUUCCCUAUGAAUGAUAAAUAUGAGCAGUAUACUAGCUGCUGGCUUUUCCUAGGGUUGCAACAAGGUCAUCAGAAAAGGAGUGCUUGAAGGGACAUCAUCACAGAUUGAGAAGCGGGGAUUAAAAUUAGGUUUGCUUAUCCAGCUAAUCCCCUCACCUUUGCACCCCUGCUGUGGGCGAGAGGAAAGGACAGGCAGCCUUAGGCUGGGUUCUUUUGUUCCAGCUCCACAUUUCUUAUGGCUUGAUCCCAUGCAUAUUUCAGCAAAAGUGAGCCCUGCAGGAUUUGAGUUCUACUAUCUUGGGGAUGAUGGGUCUGAUUUCUAAGCAUGGCCUUCUCUUCUGCCAGCAUUCAAGGACUGACACGCACACAAAUGAGUGAACGUUGGGGGGGGGGGGAAGGACAUGCAUUCACAAACACAUGCACACAAACAUGCACACAAACCCCACACACUCAGGGGGUGGCUGGUGCCCAUUAGGAGUGAUGGGGUAGAGAGCAAUGUUCUUGAUCCCUCUUGAUCCUUUUCUGCUGCAGAAUAUUUUUUACAUGCCACCACAAUUUCUGAGUGGCAAGUUCAGGGUUUGGUUUCCUUGGAAUGAAGGUCAGCAGAGAAUAUGGUGUCUUUGGGAUACAGUCGUACCUCGGAAGUUGAACGGAAUCCGUUCCAGAAGUCCGUUCGACUUCCAAAAUGUUUGGAAACCAAGGCGCGGCUUCUGCAGGAAGCUCCUGCAGCCAAUUGGAAGCUGCAGAAGCCCCGUCGGAUGUUCGGCUUCCAAAAGAACGUUUGCAAACUGGAGCACUCAAUUCUGGAUUUGCGGAGUUUGGGAGCCAAAACAUUCGAGGUGCAAGGCGUUCGUCAGCAAAGGUACGACUGUACAGUGGUACCUCGGGUUAAGAAAUUAAUUCGUUCUGGAGGUCCGUUCUUAACCUGAAACAGUUCUUAACCUGAAGCACCACUUUAGCUAAUGGGGCCUCCCACUGCUGCCACACUAUUGGUGUGCGAUUUCUUUUCUCAUCCUGAAACAAAGUUCUUAACCCAAGGCACUAUUUCUGGGUUAGCGGAGUCUGUAACCUGAAGCAUCUGUAACCCGAGGUACCACUGUAUAUGGUUUUAUUUACACAUGUAUGUCACCUGAGCAUAGGUUGGAGGUGCUCACAGCAACAACACCCCAACAGAUCUUGCUUGCCCCCAGGUUCCCAGGGGAGCUGCUGCACAGAGCAAAACAUGCCUCAGUGUCUCCAUCUUACACUCACCAACUCUAUUGUUUUCCUAUGUUGCAGCUCAGUGAGGGCGGUGGGGGAAAGCCAGCCCAUUAGGCUGGAGAGCACCAUUGCUGUUGUUGCAGCUCUUGCAACAUCUUUGAGAUGCUGAUGAAGGCAAAAUGGCCAUUACCUUAACACAGGGACUGAUUGGGCAGGUUCUGCAGCCUCUUCAACUAGAUUCUAACUCUUACUGGAUUGUAGGCCUGGAAGGGAUUCAAGGAUAUCAUCCAGGCUGACCCCACAAAACCCAUAAAUAUCUCCUCGUGCUGGCCAAGUGUCCAGGAUUUCAGCUUCUCCAUCACAUGGGCUCCUGGAUUACCACUGCCAGUCCUGCAUCUUGGGUUGGACAUUUGCACAGUGCUGGUGGCACUUUGUUCUCACCUGUGGGGAAUUUUAAAUUUACAUGUCUGCAAUAGGAAAGAAUUACUACCACGUUGCAACAUUGGCCAAUCCCACCCAACUCUCGUUCCAUUUAUCUUUCCAGGAUCUGACAUGA